GCUCUUUUGCUUGUGUUUCAUGCAAAACUCUCGAAUGCAGUGGUUUCAUGGGAAACAGUAAUAUUCACGUCUACGUAGCACUGACAUGUCUCCAGGUCAUGAAAGGUGCGAUGGUGCGUCACUUGAAGUCUCUGCGGCUCAUGACUCGGGACCAUGGCUGGAUACACACCUUGCUGAAGGAGGCAGAGAAUGAGAGGAUGCACCUCCUCACAGCUCUGGAGCUGAGGAGACCUGGACCUCUCUUCGAGAUUGCCGUCAUUGGAACACAGGGUCUGUUUGUGAGUAUGUUCUGGAUAGCAUAUUUCCUCAGUCCCAGAUUUUGCCACAAGUUUGUUGGCUACUUGGAGGAAGAGGCAGUCAAGACCUACACUCACUGCAUUGAGAGUCUGGACAAGGGGGAGCUGAAGAUGUGGGAGAAUACCAAAGCUCCUCAGGUUGCUGUCUGCUACUGCAGACUGCCUGCUGAUGCAAUGAUGAGGGAUCUCCUGGCAAUUAGAGCUGAUGAGGGUCACCACAGAGAGGUGAACCAUACCCUGGACUCAAUGAGACCCUCUGAAACUAAUCCAUUUUGCCCUGGUCAAUGACAUCACCAUUAUGUCACCUUCAGUGUACAAGUACAUGUCUUCAUCUCAACUGUAAACAUGUGAUUUCUGACUAGACACAAACACACUGAUUCUCAUUUUGUCAAUAA